AUGGACAACUCCUCGUAUGAUACAGCUUUUAUAUUUACUGCAUAUGGUAAACUGGACAGCUUCAGGCCCUUGUAUUUUAUUGUUGUUCUCUUGGUAUACCUCAUUACAAUUUUUGUUAAUGUUUUUCUUAUGAUAGUGAUAUAUAUGGAAACAAGUCUACAUAAACCUAUGUACAUAUUGGUACUGCAUUUAUCUUUGAAUGGACUUUUUGGGAGCUCAGCUUUCUAUCCUAAAGUAAUGGCUAAUCUUCUAUCAGAUGUCCAGGAGAGUUCCCGGUUUGGUUGCUUAGUGCAGGCUUUUUGUAUAAGCUCGUAUGGAACUUGUGCAUAUGCUGUCCUUGCUGUAAUGGCUUAUGAUAGGUAUAUAUCAAUUUGCAACCCAUUGCGCUACUACAGCAUUCUAACUCCUUCUAAAGUAAACGUACUUUUGAGUGUUGCAUACCUCCUUCCUAUUUUGCUUAUGUCUAUACAUAUUUUGUUAAUAGGAAGACUGCCAUUGUGUGGAUUCUCAAUACAUAAACUACUCUGUGACAACUGGACUAUUGCCAGACUCUCUUGUGUAGAUACUAAAGUUAUUAAUAUUUUUGGUCUGUUUCUCACUACAGCUUUAAUUAUUUUCCCAUUCCUUCUCGUUGUAUACUCAUACGCCAGAAUACUGUCUGUGAGCCUGAAUGCUUCAAAGGAAGCACAGGGUAAGGCUCUGAGCACAUGCACUCCUCAUUUAAUCACAUUUAUCAAUUUUUCUAUUGCUACUCUAUUCUCAAUAAUGUACAAUCGCUUUGGCAAUAGCCUACCAAUAAGUCUGCAUAUAAUGAUGUUGAUUCUUUUUGUUGUAAUCCCUCCUCUUCUAAACCCAAUCAUUUAUGGAAUUAGAACGAGAGAAAUCAGGAAAUGUAUAAUAAAAAUACUCAGGAAAAGACAAAGUAAUGUUCAAACAGGAGUCUUAACUGCUAUUGAUACACAGAUGUCCACAGUGGUUGCUCCAAGGAUAUAAAUCAAUUUGAUUACAUCAUAGCGUAGAAUUAUAAUGAAAAAUAUUAAAAUGAUCUUCAGUAUACAGUGCCUUUAGUCCCUGCACUAAAACCCUUAGGAGACAAUGCACAUGCAGUCAGAUAUGCAGUGGUCUCUGUAUACUCUGUAUGCUCAGUUACUACACACAUUGAUACUGUGCAUGUUCAUUCCUACAGGCAAAGUUUCACUAUCUUUGUCUCUGAUAAGUCACGGCAUACAGCAUGCAAGACUUGCAUUCUUAUGUGUGAUGAUUUGUAACAGCAUCAUUGUGCACUAUCCACAGAACUCUGUCCUCAGCACUGACUGGCUGC